GCGCGCGGUUCUCUCCCGGCACGGGUACCGGCGUGUGCCAUGGCUACAGCUUCUCUCUUGUCCGCAUUGGCUGCCCGGCUGCUCCGACCUGCGCACAACUGCCUCCUCCGCCAUCACCCCUUCCAUCUUGCCGCAGUUCGAAAUGAAGCUGUUGUCAUUUCUGGAAGGAAACUGGCCCAGCAGAUCAAGCAGGAGGUACAGCAGGAGGUGGAAGAAUGGGUGGCAUCUGGCAACAAGAGGCCACACCUGAGUGUGAUUUUGGUUGGUGAGAAUCCUGCCAGUCACUCCUAUGUCCUCAAUAAAACCAAGGCAGCUGCAGAUGUAGGAAUCAACAGUGAGACUAUUGUGAAACCAGCUUCAAUCUCAGAAGAAGAGCUGUUGAAUUUAAUCAAUAAACUAAAUAAUGAUGAAAAUGUAGAUGGCCUCCUUGUUCAGCUGCCACUCCCAGAACAUAUUGAUGAGAGAAGAAUCUGCAAUGCUGUUUCUCCAGACAAGGAUGUUGAUGGCUUUCAUGUGAUCAAUGUAGGGAGAAUGUGUUUGGACCAGUAUUCCAUGUUACCAGCUACCCCCUGGGGUGUGUGGGAAAUUAUUAAGAGAACUGGUAUUCCAACCCUAGGGAAGAAUGUAGUUGUGGCUGGAAGGUCAAAAAAUGUUGGAAUGCCCAUUGCAAUGUUACUACACACAGAUGGGGCGCAUGAACGUCCUGGAGGUGAUGCCACUGUUACAAUAUCUCAUCGACACACUCCCAAAGAACAACUGAAGAAACACACGAUUCUUGCAGAUAUUGUAAUAUCUGCUGCAGGAAUUCCUAAUCUGAUCACAGCAGACAUGAUCAAGGAAGGAGCUGCAGUCAUUGAUGUGGGGAUCAACAGAGUUCAGGACCCCGUAACUGCAAAACCGAAGUUGGUUGGCGAUGUGGAUUUUGAAGAAGUCAAGAAGAAAGCCGGUUACAUCACCCCAGUCCCUGGGGGUGUUGGUCCCAUGACAGUGGCAAUGCUCAUGAAGAAUACCAUUAUUGCUGCAAAAAAAGUGCUAAGGCCAGAAGAGCUAGAAAUGCUAAAGUCUAAGGAGCGUGGAGUCGCUACCAAUUAACUUUGUCGCUUAUGCUGUGAACAGCACUUCCAAGCCAAGAAAUGCAAUAUUUUUUAAUUUAUUCUACUGAAAUGAUGCUUUUUAUUUAUUGAAAGCUUAAAUGGUGUGUGCACGCAUGUUUGACUCUGCAGUACGUUACCAGGAGGCCCUCGGGUGUCAUACUGGAUCACCUGAUCUAGCCAAGAGAAGCUGUUUGUCUGAAGAUGACAUUGGAGAUUCACACUGAGAGCGGCUGCCUAACCUCCGUCACAUACUUCAGUUAAAAAUCUGCCUUUUCCAGGAGUGCAUUUCCCAAGUGCUAUUCCAAUAAGAGUUGAUACUCAUUUUAGGUUCCAACCCUUUUGAGUUCAGCUGGUCAAACCAAAGGAAAAAUGUUGCUAGUGAAAAUUAGGGUGAAGGUAAAAAGGAUUUAGUGGAGAAAGUGAUUUAUUGGAGAAAAAAAAUGACCUUGAUUUCUAUAUAAUACUGAGCAUAACCAAUGUAUCUAAAGGACUGAAUUGGCUAAGGAAAACUACAUGUGAAUUAGUUGGUUUUUUUUUGUGGCUUAGUCAUUAGGGAAAUGUUGUCCUUGUGCAUAUGUUACCUUUUAGGGAGCUUUCCCAUUUCAGUUUUCCAGGACUGAAAGGCUUAUUUGAUAAUUUAUGUGUGUUUACUGUCAUAUUUGGCUUUUGCCAUAUCCUUAAAUUUUGUUGCUCAAGUUUUGUAUUGUUAGGAGGAACCUGUAUGGUUUCUCUGUUAUAUCUUGAAACUUAUUAUUUUUUUUUUUUGGC